CCGCAAGCGCUCACAGACCCUCUCACAUUUUCCCUCUCUCUUCUUCACACACUCUCCUCCUCGCCCACUCUCUGAUGCAUGCACACACACUCCGCUGCUCGCUCAAUCGCUCGGUAACCCCCGCCGCCACAGUCGCCGCUCUGCACCCGCACGGACACACACUCCACUUUGGUACGAGCUCCUGCACGUUCUCCAGCUACGGCAGAGCCGCCGCGUCCGUACCUGGCGCUCUCCAGCAUCUGUUAUGCUCCGGCGCGUGCUCCAAGUGUGCAAAGAGAGCAGGAAAAUGACUGGAAAACAACAAGGACUGAAGCAGGGUGAGAGAAGGAAUUAAGAGGAGUGAAGGGAAAGAGCCCGCUCUUGCACGAAAAAGGUGGAGGACAGUUUGAUUCAGUGAAAAUUUGGACUAAACUGGCUUCUUCUCUGCUCUAAAGUUCCCACUAAAGGUGAUGAGCUGCCCACGUCUGUGAGUGAAAUCCCGACACAUCCUGGAAGUCUGCUUUUGGGUUGGCCCACCCAGAAAAAAGGAGAAAACAAAAACUUCCCGCGUUCCUCAGAAACUUCCCCAGCAGCAGUUUCGUUGUGGCUCAGUUCGUGUCACUAGACUUCCGCUUGGGGGGACCUGAACGCCACACAUCGCCAAUGCCAACAAGGAACUGCCUGCUGCUGUUCCUGUGGAUUCUUGCCGACGAGGGUUCGGUCUCUUCUUUGCGUCCACCUUCAUCGCUGCUGGGACGGAGCAGGACGGCGCGGGAGCACGGCAGGGGCUCGCUGGGCUCGAUGAGGAAUGGGGCGGCGGGGUUUCAGCGGGUCAAGAGAGGCUGGGUGUGGAACCAGUUCUUUGUACUGGAGGAGUACAUGGGCUCAGACCCGCAGUAUGUGGGCAAGCUCCACACUGACCUCGAUAAGGGGGACAGUUUGGUGAAGUACACCCUCUCCGGGGAUGGGGCUGGCUCCAUUUUCACAAUUGACCAAACAACAGGGGACAUCCAUGCCUUAAGGAGCCUUGACAGAGAGGAGAAGCCUUACUAUACCCUCCGCGCCCAGGCUGUGGACAUGAACACCAAUAUCCCCCUGGAGCCUGAAUCUGAAUUUGUUAUCAAGGUUCAAGAUAUCAAUGACAACGAGCCAAAGUUCCUAGAGGGACCGUACACAGCCAGUGUUCCUGAGAUGUCUCCAGUGGGGACAUACGUGACGCAGGUAACAGCGACUGAUGCAGAUGACCCCACCUAUGGAAACAGCGCCAGAGUGGUGUAUAGUAUUCUCCAUGGCCAACCUUACUUCUCCGUCGACCCCAAAACAGGGGUUAUAAAGACAGCCUUGCCCAAUAUGGACAGAGAGGUGAAGGAACAAUACCAGGUAUUAAUCCAGGCCAAGGACAUGGGGGGCCAGCUGGGAGGACUGGCCGGGACCACACUUGUCAACAUCACCCUCAGCGAUGUCAACGAUAACCCGCCUAGAUUCUCUAAGAGUUUCUUCCACCUAAGAGUUCCUGAAUCUUCUGCUGUGGGCUCUGCUGUUGGCAGAAUCAAAGCUGAUGACCUGGACAAAGGGAGAAACGCUGAAGUGGAGUACACCAUUGUGCCCGGUGAUGGAGGUGCCAUGUUUGAUAUCACCACCAAUGAGCACAACCAGGAGGGGAUCAUCAUUCUCAAGAAGCCGCUGGACUAUGAAACCAAGAAGGCAUACACCUUUAAGGUAGACGCCUCCAAUGCUCAUGUGGAUCCACGAUUUCAGGGCUUUGGGGGCUUCAAAGACACAGCAACAGUGAAGAUUAACGUUCUGGAUGUGGAUGAGCCCCCGGUGUUCAAUAAGCCCUCCUAUGUGAUGGAUGUGUACGAGGACACACCUGCGGGCACCAUCAUCGGUGCGGUGACGGCGCAGGAUUUAGAUGCCAGCAGCAGCCCAGUCAGGUAUUCCAUUGACUGGAAAAGUGACUUGGACAGCUACUUUGACAUCGAUCCGGUGGAAGGAACGAUCUCAACAAACGAGCUGCUUGACAGGGAGAGCAUUGCCCAGCACAACAUCUCCAUCGUGGCAACCAAACUCAACAGCCCAGUCCUGACCAGCCGGGUGGCCGUCACCGUCCAUGUGCUGGACAUCAACGAGUUCCCCCCCGAACUGGCCAGUCCCUAUGAGACCUUUGUGUGUGAAAAUGCAAAAAUGGGACAGGUGAUUCAGACCUUCAGUGCAAAGGACCAGGACUUGCCAAGUGCUGGACAACAGUUCUCCUUCAGAACAUCGAAGGAAGAUAUGAAGAAUAAGAAUUUCACAAUCCGAGACUUUGGAAACAACACGGCUGGGAUUGUGACGAAACGGAUUGGCUUCAGACGACGUUUGCAGGAGAUCUACUUCCUUCCUGUUGUGAUAGAAGACAACGGCUACCCACCCAAGAGCAGCACUGGCACCCUGACCAUCCGUGUAUGUGGCUGUGCAUCAGAUGGCUCCCUGCUAACAUGCAGUGCAGAGGCCAUCUUUCUUCCCGUGGGUCUUAGCACGGGAGCCUUGAUUGCCAUACUCCUGUGUAUCAUCAUAUUAUUAGUUAUUGUGGUCCUCUAUGUGGGCCUGAGACGACAGAAGAAAAAGGAGACCCUCAUGUCAUCCAAGGAGGAUAUCCGAGACAAUGUGAUCCACUAUGAUGAUGAAGGAGGAGGAGAGGAGGACACACAUGCGUUUGACAUGGGGACGCUCCGCAAUCCUAAGGUUGUCAAGGAGAACCUGUACCGCAGGGAUGUCAAACCAGAGAUGAAUAGAGGCCCCAAGCCACCUGUCUCUCAGGGGAGUGAAGAUAUCCGGGACUUCAUCGACCAGCGACUGCAGGAGAAUGACAUGGACAACUCGGCGCCGCCCUACGACUCCUUGGCCACAUAUGCUUACGAGGGAGACGGCUCAGUGGCCGAGUCUCUCAGCUCCAUCGAGUCCCUCACAAUAGACUUCGAGGAGGACUACGAUUACCUCAGUGACUGGGGGCCCCGCUUUAAGACGCUGGCAGGGAUAUUUGGGGAACAGUCAGAAACCCAGUCGGACUCAACAAACACAGAGAACGCACAUUGAUGCUAUUCACAGACUCAAAAUGAAAAAAAACUAAAAAAAACGUUCCUUUUGCUGGCCUCACACAUUGUUUUAAUCAUUCUUUUCAUCCAAUGUAAUGUGUUUUAUUUUUUUAUUUUCCAGCUCACUGUUUUCUACUUUAUAAUGUACUUUAUCACCUUCAGUCCCAAAAUUGUAAAAAAAUUAAAUAAAAAGUGAUGAAAUAUGGUACCAUGUUUAGAUGAGCAGAAAUUCAGUUCUCUUUCAGAUGAAUGUUGUUUCUUGUCUUACAUUUUGUUUCCUCUUGGGGAAUACGCGUGGAAAUGUUGACAUUUCCUGGAACAUCCUUUAAAGUGCCUCAAUAUAAUUAUUUCCUUUUCACUUGCUAUGUCAUGGCACAUAUCCAGCGUUGUUUCUAAGAUCCCCAUAGGUCAAGCUGAUUCAGUCAAUGCGCUCCUGCUGGCAAAGGCAUCGAGACCGGUGCCGGCUCUGGGGAGAAAAAGUUGGCCUACGUUUGGCCAAAGAUGUUUUGAAUGUUAUUUAUUGUUCUAUUUAUUUAUGGACUGAUUGAGUUGGACUGGAUUGUUUGUGUAUUUAUCUAUUUAUCUCAGUCAUCAAUCUGUAUUUUUUAUUUUUGGAGACACUCGAAUUUUGUAAUUAACGAAAGGCCCACAUGAAAAUGUAUGUUUCUGUUAGGUGGGUCCUGUGAAUAGACUUGUACUAGAGCUGUAAAAAGAAAAAAAAAAAUAGGGCUAAAUACUAUGGUUUGGUCAUGUAAUAAGCACUGUUUUCUUAAAUAAAUCACA